AUGGCGUCGCCGACUCUGCGCACUCUGUCUGGGCUGCCGGCUGAGCCGACUCCGCUCAAGGACUCUGCUCUGGUGAUCAUCGACGCGCAGCAGACGUACCGCGAGGGCGUCAUGAAGCUGGAGGGCGUGGAGCCUGCCCUGGAAGAGUGCGCGGCGCUGCUCAAGCGCGCUCGCGCGGAAGGUGCCACGGUGGUCCACAUCCAGCACGAUGCUGGUGAGGGCUCGCCCUACGACCUCACUCAGCCCGUUGGCCAGAUUGCGGAGCCCGUUGCCCCAAUCUCUGGAGAGGAAGUCAUCGUGAAGAAGGUUCCCAACUCCUUCCAUGACACGACUCUCCACGAGUACCUUCAAGGCAAAGGCGUCAAGUCCUUGGUUUUGGUUGGCUUCAUGGCCCACAUGUGCGUGAACUCGACUGCCCGGGGUGCUUUCAACCUCGGCUACGCUUCAACCGUGGUCGCCAGCGCCACGGCGACUCGCUCCCUGGCGGAUCCUCUAACCGGCGAGCCCGUGGAGGCGGCCUUGCUCAAGAAAAGCGCCUUGACAGCCAUCUCCGACGUUUUCGCCGUCAUUGUGCCAACAGCUGACAAGCUCCCCUAG